AGGCCUGUUCAGUGCUGCGUACCUCUGCGUGAGUGUUGCGGCAGUUUGCUACUCGCAAAGUUUCUCUUCAUAAACUGAAUUUCAGGCCAGUCAAUAGUCAGCUAGAGUGGGGCACUUUAGUAGAGUUUAUUAACUAAUCAUGGAUGAAUCUGACUCACUCGACAUGAAAGACUCAGACCUCUUGUCCCUUCGGGACGUGAAACUGGAUUUCCUUCUUCGGAAAGAUGAGGGAUUUACUUCUUCGGCUAGACAAGAUCAAGGAAUUCGAAUGAAAGAUCAAGGAAGUCGAAUGAAAGAUCAAGGAAGUCGAAUGAAAGAUCAAGGAAGUCGAAUGCAAGAUCAAGGAAGUCGAAUGAAAAGUGUAGGGAAUGGAUAUGACGAAGGCGCUGUGGUAAAAGCGUGUCAAUCUUAUGCUUUUCCUAACCAGCUUGAAGACAUUGAGGACGAGUCAGCGUUGCCUGGGGUUGUUCUCGAAGAAGGAAAUCCCGAAUAUAUUCCAGUGAUGCAUGAACGUGGCACCAAGAUGACCGACAUGACCUCGGAAGCAGCCCCUACCGCCGCCCGUGACGCUAAGCCGCCACCGCCGCUGUUGCGGUGGUUCGGAGAAGCUGUCGACUGCCAGGAGACCUGCGACAAGCUCGGGGCCAACGUAGCGGCGGUCAGACGGCAACCCUGCUACUACAUCCAGCUUAAGUGGAAGGACCGCUUCCAUCGGAUGCCCCUGGUGUACCGUCAGCAGCAGGGCAAGACCUUCCUCAAGCAGCUGCUCGGCGAGGGCGCCGUAGGUUGCGAGGACUCCGUGGAGGCCACGGAGGACCUCCAAGUGGACCAUCUCCUGCUGGAGCCUCUGUGCCCGAGGACGCAGUUCAUCGUCGAGAUCGGACCGAAACUGCGGCACCGGACGCCGUGGUGCGUACAGGUGCUCAGUAUCUGCGCUGCCGCGCGGGUGCCGGUGCAGCGCAUCGAGCGCACUGUCCGCUACCUCGUCACCGCCGCGCAUCCCGCGCCUGACAUCGCCGCCCUCAGGCAGAAGGUGACCGAUCUGUUGCACGACCCCGUGCUGGAGGACGUCUACGAGGCGCCCCUGGAGAGCUUCUUCGACGAGAGCCCCUCGUGCGAGUACCUGUGGGAGGAGGUGCCUCUGCUGAGCGUCGGACGGACGCUGCUGAAGCAGAUCAGCGACGAGCAUGCACUUGGUUUUGAUGAAGCUGACAUCGACUUCUACUACAACUUGUACGAAAAUGAACUUGGCCGCAACCCAACCAUGCCAGAACUCUGCGACUUGGCUCAGUCGAACUCGGAGCACUCGAGACACUGGUUCUUCAAAGGCCGCUACCUGCUGGAGGAUGGGAACCUCGAAGACUACUCGCUCAUGGAGAUGGUUAUGGUCACCAACGGACCUACUACCACUAACCAGAAUAACGUCAUUAAAUUCAACGAUAACUCGAGUGCCAUCGCAGGAUUCAGAGUGACGAGCGUGGCACCUCAAGACCCCCGGAAAAUGUCGGCGUUCGAGUGCCACGACGCCGUCCGCCACUUGCUGCUUACGGCCGAAACCCACAACUUCCCGACCGGUGUCGCCCCCUUCAGUGGGUCGGCGACUGGAGCUGGUGGGCGUAUCCGGGACGUGAUGGCGGCUGGACGAGGCGGCUACGUUCUAGCCGCCACAGCCGGCUACUGCGUGGGUCAACUCAACCUACCUGAUAACAAGCUGCCAUGGGAGGCGAACAAGGAUCACGUAGGCUACUUCGAGCCCGCCCUCAAGAUCAUCAUCGAGGCCUCGAAUGGCGCCUCGGACUACGGCAACAAGUUCGGCGAGCCCGUGACCAGCGGCUUCUUCCGUGCCUUCGGAGGCGCGCUGGGCAAUGAGUGGCGUGAGUGGUUGAAGCCCAUCAUGUUCUCCGCCGGUGUUGGGCUGCUGGAUGAGCGGCAUGUUCACAAAUACAAGCCUUCUAACGAUGAUGAUGAUCCACCGCACAUCGCUAAGAUCGGGGGACCAGCAUACAGGAUCGGCAUCGGCGGCGGGGCUGCGUCAUCCGUGGAGGUCCAGGGAGCGUCGGGCAACCGCACCAAGAACGCGGUGCAGCGCGGUGACCCUGAGAUGGGCAACAAGCUGAACCGCUUCGUGCGCGCCUGCAUCGAAAUGGGCGACGACAACCCAAUCCUGUCCAUCCACGACCAGGGCGCCGGCGGCAAUGCUAACGUCCUAAAGGAGAUCGUCGAGGGGCAAGGAGCCGAUAUCCACGCCCCCGCCUUCAGCGUUGGAGACUCGACGCUGACGCUGGAGGAGCUUUGGUGCGCAGAGUACCAGGAGAGCAACGCUAUUCUCUUCAGGACCUCCAGCCAGGGCGACCUCGGUGCUAUCGCCAUGCGUGAGAGGUGCAAGAUAGACGACGUCGGCACCCUGCGCAAUGAUGGAAGGUUCCGACUGCUGCACACACAAAGCUACGAGAUGCCAACCGGGGAGUCGCUCCCCGUAGACUUCCCGCUCCAGACCGUCAUGCAAGGCCUGCCUCGCAAGACGUACAAGUGGUCGGCGGAGCGGCAGGAGGCGGCGCCCCUAGAGCUGCCUGACGACCUCAGGGCCGAAGACGCAGUCGAGCGCGUCCUGAAGCUGCCCUCCGUCGCCAGCAAGAGGUUCCUCACCAGCAAGGUGGACCGCUCCGUGACGGGACAGGUGGCUCAGCAGCAGUGCGUGGGGCAGCACCAACUGCCGCUCGCUGACGUCGCUGUCACCGCCUGCUCUUUCUUCCAACACGAGGGCGUGGCGACUAGCACGGGGGAGCAGCCCGUCGUGACGACCGUGAACCCCGCUGCGGGGGCACGGCUCAGCCUCAUGGAGGCCCUCGCCGGGCUCUGCAUGGCGCCCAUCACCACCUUCAAGGACAUAAAGUGCUCGGUGAACUGGAUGUGGCCAGCUAAGCUGAAGGGUGAAGGCUACGCGAUGUAUGUGGCCUGCUCGUCGCUCUGCAGCCUCAUGGUGCACCUCGGCGUGGCCGUGGACGGCGGCAAGGACUCGCUGGGCAUGGCCGCCCAGACCUUGGACGACCACGGGCAAGCUAAGGAGGUGGUCAAGGCGCCCGGUACUGUCGUGGUCACGGCUUACGCGCCCUGCGUCGACAUCACCAAGGUGGUCACGCCGGACCUGAAGGGCUCCAAGCGGCGAGAAGAGACGCGCCUGUUGUGGGUGCGACCGACGCGGACGCUGCGGGCGCGGGUGGGCGGGUCUGCCCUGGCGCAGGUCUACGGAGGACUGGGCUGCGAGACCCCGGACUUCACUAUUGAGGAUGCGGCGGUCUUCGUGAAGGCUUUUGGUAUCAUCCAGGCCUUGAUUGCAGAGGGCUUGAUUUUGUCGGGUCACGACGUGAGCGAGGGCGGCCUGGUGACCUGCCUGGCGGAGAUGAUGUUCGCCAGCACCUGUGGACUGGACAUCCUCCUCCCGCCCACCCCCGAGCAGGACGCCUUCUGCUACAAGUCUCGUGACCACGUCCACCCAAACCUGGCUGCCCUCUUCGCCGAGGAGAUCGGGUGGGUGCUGGAGGUUCACUACAACACGAGGUUAGAAGUCAUCAAGAGGUUCGAAGACGUGCCUUGCUUCGAGAUCGGAGGGCCCACGAUAGCCCCCGGUGACCGCGACAGGUUUGUGAUCCGUGGAGGCGCUGACAAGCGCGUGCUGCUGCUGACGGAGGUGUCCGUGCUGCGUGAUGCGUGGGAGAGCACAAGUCUGGAGCUGGAGCUGUACCAGACCAACGCGGCCUGCGCCCGGCAGGAGUAUGACGCCCUCAGCAACGAGCGCACCUUCGAACCUUAUAAAAUAAACUUCAACUACCGACCUCGCCUCAGUGUGGAGGCGAUGCGGCGGGCGGCGGCGCUGGACGCGCGGACGCCGAAGGUGGCGGUAGUGAGGGAGGAAGGCUGCAACGGCGACCGCGAGAUGGCGGCCGCCUUCAUGAUGGCGGGAUUCCUCGUAUUCGACGUCACCAUGACCGACAUCACCGCCUGCAACUUCGACUUGAUGCAGUUCAGAGGCAUAGCUUUCCCCGGCGGCUUCAGUUUCGGAGACGUGCUGGGUGCCGGGGUGGGGUGGGCGGCGUGUAUCAAAGGUAACGAGGAGACGUGGGAGAUGUUCCAGCACUGGCGUCAUCAUCCCAGGAACUUCUCGCUGGCAGUCUGCAACGGCUGCCAGCUCACUGCCCAGCUCGGCUGGCAGAACUCUAAUGCAGGACACUCUCUAGUCGCAGUGGGCGGUGCCGCUCGACCAGACCAUCUCUUCAGGACGAAUCUCUCCGGGCGCUUCGAGUCGCGUUGGUCGCGCGUCAGAAUCGAGAAAACGAAAAACAUCUUCCUGAAGGAAAUGGAGGACUCGAUCCUGGGAGUUUGGGUGGCCCAUAAGGAGGGCCGCUUCGAGGCCCGUGGCGACGUCAAAGUAGAGGAUUAUUUCACCAAGAACCUCGUAGCCAUAAGAUACGUCGGCGACGACGACGAACCCACCGAGACCUACCCCAUGAACCCCAAUGGUUCUCCCAUGGGUAUUGCUGGCAUUAGCUCCCCGUGUGGGCGACAUCUCGCCCUCAUGCCCCACCCGGAGCGCUGCGUCCUGCCCUGGCAGUGGCCGUACAGAGGCCACUUCCCUGAGAAGACCAUGACCAGCCAGCCUGAGGGGCCUGAACUCACCGACACCGCGCCUUGGGCCAAGAUCUUCCAGAACGCCUUCGACUGGUGCACCAACGAUCCCUCUUCCUACGACACCGACAGCAGUUAAACGUCCGUGUCGUCCUAAGAUGGCUGUUAGUCAUACACCACUGGUUACUAACGUCUAUUGUUUGGCAAAAGAUGACGGUGAUGAGACAUACCCCCCCACUGCUGUGUAACGUUUAUUGUUUGGCUACUCCUUCGCGCUUGAUGUGUUCAGUAGGCACGGCAAUAUUUGUGUUAUUAACUAGGUUCUGCUUUGAACUCCAAGCCGGGUUUUUGAAUUUGCGUCUCAAAUUUAGCCUGCUUUUGAAUUUAAAGUGAAACGUAUUUUAAACAUAGAAUUCUAUGCAUGCUUUUUGUGGUUGAAAACGUUUUAGUUGUGUUAUAAGAUUUCCGAAAAAUAAAAUAUCAAACUAUUUAUUUCUGUA